AUGUUUUUUUUUUUUUUUUAUAAAUUCCUUUCUAAUUUCUCGCCCUUCUCAUCUAGUUUCCUUUCAGGUUUUCUUUCCAAAAGUUUUCCAUAUAUUCUUGUUCUUCUUCCCAGACGUUUUUUCUAUUUCUUUUUUUCUUUCUCUCUCUUUCUUUCUUUCUUUCUUUCUUUCUUUCUUUCUUUCUUUCUUUCUUUCUUUCUUUCUUUCUUUCUUUCUUUCCAUUUUGAUUUUCCUUUAGAUUUCUUUACAAUCUCUGAUAUUCUUUCUUUCCUUUUUCUUUCGUUCUUUCUUUCUUUUUCUUUUUUUUUCUUUCUUUCUUUCUUUCUUUCUUUCUUUCUUUCUUUCUUUCUUUCUUUCUUUAUGCGUUCCGUUUCUUUCUUUGCAUUUCUUGAUUUUCCUUUAGGUUUUUCAGUGCUCCCUAAUUUACUUUCUUUUUUCUUUCAUUCUUUCAUUCAUUCAUUCGUUCAUUCGUUCAUUCUUUCAUUCUUUCUUUUUAUUGUUCUUUUUACUUCCAUUUUUUUACCGUCUCCGAUUUUCUUUCUUUCUUUUUUCUAUUUUUCUAUUUUCCAUCAGUGUUUUCACGCCAUCAGAUUCUCUUUCUUUUGCAUAUUCACCAAUUUAUUCUCUCUUCCUUUCAUUCUUUUCAUUUUCAAUUUUUUUAACGAUUUUGAUUUUCUUUCUUUCUUUCUUUUUUUCUUUCUUUUCGGCUUUCUGAUUUUCGUUCGUUCGUUCUUUCUUUCUUCCUUUUCCUUACUCUUAUUCCAUUUUCACUUUUUCUUUACUAAUUCAUCCUAUUCUCUUUUUCCACCAUCUACAUUUCAUUCACAGUCUUCGUCUCUUCCUUUUACUUCUUCACCAACCCUUUACAAUCGAACGGUCGCCGCCUCCCACCACACCAUCAUCCCUUACACGUAUCAUUACAAAACCUUACCCUUCCUAUCCCUUAAAAUUCAAUUUAUUGUUGUGUGUUCGAAUUAUCCCGAGUAA